CAGCAGAGAGGCCCGAUGCCGAUGCCUGCAGAGCCGCCCCAGAGCCCGCCCGGCCAUGACCAUCGCCGCCCUGCGCCGUCUGCAGAUGCCCGGCCUGGCCAAGAUGGAGCGCGUGAUCGUAAGCAUGCAGGAUCCCGACAUGGGCAUCAAGAUGAGAAACCAGCGCCUGCUGAUAACGGUGAUCCCACACGCCAUGACCGGUAACGACAUCGUGGAGUGGCUCAUCCAGAAGUACGCCAUCUCUGAGGAGGAGUCCCUGCACCUUGGCAACCUCCUUGUGAAGCACGGCUACAUCUACCCCCUGAAGGACCCCCGCAGCCUGGUGCUCCGGGCCGAUGACUCCCCCUACAGAUUCCAGACUCCUUAUUUCUGGACAAGCUCCAAGUGGCCAGCCACAGAGCUGGAUUACGCAAUCUACCUGGCAAAGAAGAACAUCCGCAAGCAGGGCGACCUGAUAGACCACGAGAAGGAUAACUACAACCUGCUGCACAAGAGGAUCAACCAUACCUGGGAUUUUGUGGUGAUGCAGGCGCGGGAGCAGCUCCGGGCAGCCAAGCAGCGACGGAAAGGGGAUCGUAUUGUCAUAGACUGCCAGGAGCAGGCCUACUGGCUGGUCAACAGGCCCCCGCCAGGAGCCCUGAACGUGAUGGAGCAUGGGCCAGAGCGGAGGAAUUGCCACAUCAGCCGGGUGCAGCUGCCCGAGAACACGGAUUACUACAAGCGGGAGAUCGAGUGCUGCCGAAAGGCCAUGGGCAGGACCCGCGUGAAGUCCUCCAUUUGCCUGGAGGGGUACAUCAAAUUCAACGAGCAGUACGUGCCCCACGAUCCCAUCAUGUCUGGCUGCCUGCCCAGUAACCCCUGGAUCACGGACGACACCACGUACUGGGCCAUGAACGCCCCCACGGUGACGACACCGACCAAGCUGCGCGUGGAGCGCUGGGGCUUCAGCUUCAGCGAGCUGCUGGGCGACACGCUGGGCCGCAGGCAGCUGUUGGAGUUCCUCAAGAAGGAGUUCAGUGCUGAGAACUUGAGCUUCUGGGAGGCGUGUGAGGAGCUGCGCUACGGGGAGCAGGUCCGCAUUGCCGAUAUCGUGGACUCCAUCUAUCAGCAGUUCCUGGCCCCCGGCGCUACCCGCUGGGUGAACAUCGACAGCAAGACCAUGGAGAGGACCCUGGAGGGCAUCAAGACGCCGCAUCGCUACGUGAUGGACGAUGCCCAGAUGCAUAUCUACAUGCUGAUGAAGAAGGACUCGUACCCACGCUUCCUCAAGUCGGAGCUGUACCGCAGCCUGCUGGCAGAGGCCGUCGUGCCCCCGGAGACCAAGAAACGGGUUUUCCCAUUCAUGAGGAAGCAGCGUCACUCCAGCCCGAGCCCGGCACUGCUGCUGCCCACGGGGGAGCCUGAGGCGAAAGUCGAGGAUCAGAGCAAGGCGGUUGCUGUCCCCAUGGAGAGCUAGGAUCCCGUCACCUGCUCCCUACUCCCACCUGCCCCAGGCUGAGUGUUCUGCACUGACGGGAGCAGGGGCUCGAUGAAGUGGGGCAGCAACUGCUGGGCCCCAUGGGACACCUGUUUCUCCCCCAGCCUGGCCCACCAUUGUGGUAUCAGGCCCCCCAGACAGGGUGUUCUGGAGGCAACGACGCAUCUCUGCCCUGCCCCACCCAGGCAGUGCCAGGGCAGCGUGGGCCAGCCGGGGGGUCUGUUCUCAUUCAACGGCUGCAGUUGGCUAGUUGGUUAAGGAGGGCGACUGCCCUGGGCUGGGCCCUGUGGGGGAGCGGCAGAGAUGGGGCGGCCAGCUACAUGCAGGGCGGGCUCUCACCCACUGGCAUGAAUGCAAUCCCAGGCUCGCUGGCAGGGGCAGACCCAGCCUGCAGCACCCCCUGGGCCCCACACGUCAUCAGGCACAGGGAGAUGGGCUCAGAUACCAGUGCAGAGCAGCUCAGUCUCCAGGUCUCCCCCGCACCUCCUCCCACAGGGCAGCCGCAGCCCUUGACACUAAAGGAUAAAGCCAUAUGCCCCAGGAGGCCAUGUGCCCAGCCCUAUGGUGCGCCCCGCACGGCACCACUGGGGCAGCUCCUGCUCCCUUUGCCUUAGCUCUUAGAGUGACCCCCAGCUCCCGGCCCCCGGCAGUUCUGUGGGGCGAGUGGCUGCAACGGGCCAAGACACACAUGGUCUGACUCCCCUCACUGAGCUGCCCACUCCUGGCUGGGCCAGGCUGGCGGGGGGGGGAAGGGGCGUGCUCGCUGGCACAUGAAUACCAGGGGCUUGGGGCAAUGAUGGGCGGGGCAGAGCCUGCCCCAUGGCACAGCCCAAGAUCUCUGUACCAGCCCUGGGUUCAAGGCUGAGCACAGCCCCUCCCUGAGGGUCACCCCUUCUCUGCACCCCGACCCCCCCAGGAGCACCCUGCUCUGGUGCUGCCCUCCCCCCGCCCAGCUGUCCUGCACUGAGCAAAGACACUAAUAAAGGACAACUCAUGGGCAA